GAAAUUCCCCACCACCGGCGAGAAAGCAAAUUUAGCACCAAAACGAUGGUCAAUUCUACCAUGCCUAUGUCACUGUAGAUGCCUUCUUCCUCCUUUGUCUGACUGUCUCCUUCAGGCAUCAGCCACCCCCGUAGGUCCUCUUCUUCUCCUGACCUGACCUACACAAGCUCCAAUCCGCCGCCGCAGGCGUAGCUUAGCGUCGUCGCGGCUCCCGUUCCAUCUCUCAUCGCGACAUCGCCUCCCCUGCUGUCUCCACCCCGUUCCCAAUCCAAUUAACCCACUUCUUGGACAUUAGUUUUCGAGGUACGAGCUUUGAGUCAUCGAGUGAUUACUCCAGCCAAAACUGGUUAACCUCCACGAAUUUCAGGGUGUGCCGGUGCCCGCCUCAUCUAGAUCAGCGUUCUGGUUUGGUUGAUAUGGCAGUUUGACCAUGCUCACAAUCCGUUCGGCGAAAUGCCCUUGGGUAUUCGUCGGUGCGGCUGGCGCCCUCGUGAUGCUCGUCGCCACUGUCCACGUGUUUAUGGUGCCGAUCCUCCCUUCCUCCUUGGAUUUCUUCGGUACUCGCGGCAGGACCACCCGACCAAGGAAUGUGUUCCCAGGCGUCGGGGUUGUGGACUCACGCUUCAGGGCUCAGUUCCCUGCGGAUUCGUAUGGAGCAGUCAUGUUCCGUGGCGCUCCGUGGAAGCCUGGGGUUGGGAGGUGGCUUGCUGGGUGCCAUGCCGGCUCAUCGGCUGUCAAUAUUACUGAAGUUAUAGGCGCAAAGCAGUGCGAGAAAGACUGCAGCGGACAUGGCGUGUGCAACUAUGACUUGGGGGAAUGUAGAUGCUUCCAUGGAUAUGCCGGGAAAGGAUGUGAGGAGGUUCUGAAGUUGGAGUGUAACUUCCCAAGUUCCCCAGAAUGGCCUGUAGGACGAUGGGUAGUCUCCAUAUGUCCAGCCCAGUGUGACACAACCAGGGCAAUGUGCUUUUGUGGACCAGGAACAAAAUAUCCAGAGCGCCCUGUGGCAGAAGCUUGUGGGUUUAAAACAACCUCACCCGCAAAACCUGAUGACCCAAAGAUUCCUGAUUGGAAAGCACCGGAUCCGGAUGUAUUCACAACAAACAGCAGUAAGCCAGGAUGGUGUAAUGUAGACCCUCAGGAUGCAUAUUCUUCCAAAGUGGAGUUUAAACUAGAAUGUGAUUGCAAAUAUGACGGACUCUGGGGUCAGUUUUGUGAGACACGUGUUGAAUGCAGUUGUAUUAACCAGUGUUCUGGACAUGGGCAGUGCCGUGGUGGCUUCUGUCAGUGUGACAGUGGAUAUUUUGGGAUUGAUUGCAGCGUCCCAUCAGCUUAUUCACUUGCAUAUGACUGGCCCUCAUGGCUCCAAUCACCAGCAAAUUUGCCAGACCUAAAUAAAUUAAGUAAGAGCCCCAUCAAUGUCAAUGCUGUCGUCAAGAAAAAAAGACCACUUAUAUAUGUUUACGACUUGCCAGCUGAGUUUGAUAGUCAUCUUCUUGAAGGACGGCAUUUCAAGUUACAAUGUGUGAACAGAAUAUAUGAUGACAAAAACAGAACCAUAUGGACGGAGCAACUCUAUGGUGCUCAGAUGGCACUCUAUGAGAGCAUUCUUGCUAGUCCGCACCGCACGCUGAAUGGGGAUGAAGCUGAUUAUUUCUAUGUUCCUGUCCUCGACUCUUGUCUAAUAACUAGAUCUGAUGAUGCCCCACACCUGCUGACGCCGGAGGACCUGCACCUCAGGAGUUACCACGCUCUGGAGUAUUAUAGAAAGGCUUAUGAUCACAUAUCUCAGCGGUAUGCUUACUGGAACCGCACUUCUGGAAGAGACCAUAUCUGGUUCUUUUCAUGGGAUGAAGGUGCGUGCUAUGCUCCAAAAGAGAUCUGGAACAGCAUGAUGCUCGUCCACUGGGGAAACACUAACACAAAACAUGAGAAUUCAACAACUGCUUAUUGGGCAGACAACUGGGAUGAUAUUCCCUUGGAUAGAAGAGGCAACCAUCCAUGUUUUGAUCCAAGAAAGGAUCUUGUGCUUCCAGCAUGGAAGGUACCUGAACCUGGGGCCAUAUGGUUAAAACUAUGGGCAAGGCCAAGGAUCAACCGUACAACUCUGUUUUAUUUUAAUGGUAAUCUGGGACCAGCCUAUGAACAGGGCCGUCCUGAAGACACGUAUAGUAUGGGGAUUCGGCAAAAGCUGGCUGCUGAAUUCGGUUCCACACCAAGUAAGGAGGGGAAGCUUGGAAGGCAGCAUACAGCCAAUGUGACAGUUACGUAUUUACGAUCUGAGAAGUAUUACGAGGAACUAGCAAGCUCUGUUUUCUGUGGUGCCCUUCCAGGGGAUGGCUGGAGUGGGCGCAUGGAAGACAGCAUGCUUCAAGGAUGCAUUCCUGUCAUAAUACAGGAUGGAAUUUUUCUUCCCUACGAGAAUGUGCUUAAUUACAACAGUUUUGCGGUCCGCAUACAAGAGCAUGACAUCCCAAACCUCAUUAGAAUCCUUGGGGGAAUAAACGAAACACAAAUAGAGUUUAUGUUAGGAAAUGUGCGCCAGAUUUGGCAGAGGUUCUUUUACCGUGACUCUAUGUUGCUAGAGGCACAGAGACAGAAAAGAUUGUACUCUGAAGAGGCACCCUGGUCAGUUGAGGUUUCAAAACUAGAAGAUAGUGAUGAUGUCUUUGCAACUUUCAUACAGGUACUGCAUUAUAAAUUAUACAAUGACCCUUGGCGGCAACAUCUCCAAGAAAAGGAAACUGGGUUGCCGAACAUCUGCUCAAAGGCUUCCUGAAGUGCUCAGCAGAUGUUGCAACUGUGAUUCUGUGAAGAUAGACAUAGGUGUGCUCUCCUGAUCCCAUAGAAAGAAAAGAUAAAAGGGUAUAUGUAGUCCCCGAGAGGGAUCUGUAGAGUUUCUUACAUCCAGGAUAGAUGAGAAUAGAAAUGAUGAUUCUCAGUUUCAGGUUUUUUCCAGAUUCAUGUUGUUUGACAGCUAACCCCAGAUCAUUAUCUGGAAAGAGAGAUUGCAGUAACCUUGUUUUCUUGGUCCAAAAUUGAUGUAUACCAAACAAAUGCGAAGCAAAUAUGGAUUUAUGCCAGGAAUCCAGUCUAUA